AUGACACAGCGAGUUAUGUUUGCGCAGGGCCUAAAGCCUGCCAAUCGAAUGGUAGAGCUGCACCCCGGCCAAGCCUACCUCCAUCGCUUUAAAAGCGCUCGUCGGGACUACAAGACAGAUAUCUGGGUCGCUAUCAUUCUCCCGGACGACGAAAUUGAGCGCCAUGGACUUCAUCGUCGGCCCUCCGAGGCGAAACCUGCCGACGGAACCUGGAUUACGCCCACCAGCGAAAGGUGUUAUCCGUGCUUCUUACCCGCAAGAAACACCUUCCGUUACGCUUCUGUCAAAGAGCUCUUCAAUCUGCCCGAGAAACCACCGGCCAGAUACUCUGCUAUCUUCGGAGAAGAAGAUGAGAAGCUAUUCCAGGAAGUUCUCAACCUGGCGAGGAUGUCCCCCGAAAUCGAUUUCUGGCUUAAAAUGGCCGAUGAUGAAGAAAUCAUGAAAGGUAAGCGUGGCAAGGAGAUGGAGCUUAUUCGACCAGAUGGCUACGACCAUGUCUUUGCCAAAAUCUCUUCCGAUUCGGAUUCGGAUGACCUUUCGUCGGAUAUAGAAGAAGCAAAGAGUGAAAGAUCCGUACCCGCUGGCUCCAAUAUUGCUCGGUUCCCAGCCUUAACUGUCAAUACACCCAUGCUUUACAUAAAGCAAGAGGAAGUAGAAGGCCCAGAAGAGAGCCAACAGAAAGAACUUGUUCUGGGAAUGAACUUCCGACAGGUUCAGAAUCAUUUUCUUCUGCGCGAUGAAUACCGCUCUACAAUCCGAAGAAUUUUUCAACAUAAUCUUGAUGUUGAGGAUCAACCAGAAGCCGAACAGAUCUGCAUGUUUGUCAAUUCUGGUCAUUUCAACCCUCGGGUUGUCGAAGUCAAGGAUCCAGUCCCUUUCGCGAAUAACGCCGGAGAAGAAAAUUCCAACGACGAAAGCCAAACGCGACAGAUAGGUGAUAUCCUGAGAAUUGGCCGGAAGCUCCAGCUGCAGGGUAUACAGCUGCAGGGCAAGGACGAUAUCAAGGGUCUACAAAAGCUGAUACUCAAUCUCGGUCGGCUUUAUAAACAGGCUCGGAUUUUUGAUAUCAAGCUUUUGAUGGUGGACAUCAUUCAGAAACUGCAAAUUGCAUGGAAUUCAUAUCCGGGCAUUUAUCAGCUUCAGCCCCUGCUCGAAGUUAUCCGCAUCAUUGAUCCAGUACAUUUGACUGCUGGCGAUCUUUUUCAGGAGUGGAUCGUGGCGUUCAUCGCCGAAACAAUUGAUAUUUUCCAGUACGACGAUGGGAAGAAGUUUUGGAAAGUCAUGAAUUCGUACCCGCUUCUGCGUAUGUCGGUUCAAGACAAGCGCAGGGAAGUUCUGAAAAAUAACCAGGAAAGGUACAUGGAUGUCCAGGCUCUACUCUGGAGCCGGGGAGUGGAUGGAAAUUAA